AACAUUCUGGCUUUAAAUCCUCGAAAACAGAUGCAUGCAUCUCUUCAUUCAACUGCAGCAAAGAAACAAGUCAAGAAGCAAUGGAAAAGGAAUUCUGACAAAAGCUGUUCAAACUGUGAGAAACUAGAAAAUAAUUUUGAUGACAUCAAGCAUACAACUCUUAGUGAGCGAGGAGCACUUCGAGAAGCAAUGAGGUAA